CAAAAAGGAAGGGAGGGCUGUACUGUCUGCAGGUAUCGUGGGUAUUGGCAGAGAGAAGGGAGGGAACGCUUGGUUUUUGCAGGGAUGACGAGCUUAAAGCUGAUUUCUGCAACAGACACACAGUAUUCUGGGACAUUGCUGAAGUCUCUUAAUGAGCAGCGCACAGUUGGAUUGUUCUGUGAUGUCACCAUCAUUGUGCAGGACCGCAAAUUCCGAGCCCACAAAAAUAUCCUGUCGGCAUCGAGCUCUUACUUCCGUCAGCUCUUUUCAGUCGCUGGACAGGUGAUAGAGCUGAACUUCGUGAAGGCGGAGAUUUUUGAGGAAAUCCUCAACUACAUUUACAGCUCGAAACUCAUCCGCGUCCGGUCAGACAUGCUGGAGGAGCUGAUUAAGUCGGGGGAGACGCUGGGGGUGAACUUCAUCGCUAACCUGGGCUUGCCUCUGUCUCAGGUUAAAGGCCUGCCUGGCUUGUCAAAGGAUGCUGCUGCAGGCGGGGAGGAGUCUUCCUCGGACCCCAAAGAUCUGGAAAACGGCACUGGAAACCCACCGAGCGACCUCAUAAUCCAGGAUUCGUGCACAGCAGCCAUGCCCAUCAUAACCGAGGCAUUCUCACUAUCUGCUGAAGAGUUCAAGCAGACAGAUGGCUACGUGGAUGAGGACUCCGAUAAUGACGAUGUCAUUUUUUGCUCUGAGCUUGUACCCCCAAGAACGGGGGCAUCGGGGAGCACAGCUCAGUCCGCUGGGCCGCCCACUGAAAUUAUCGACUUGGAGGGGCCUUCCGAGAAGGAAGGGGACGCAUCAGGAGGAGAAGACAGCAAGGAGGUUUCCACUCAUGGUCCCCCGCCCAAGGACAACCAAGAAGGCACAGGCGUCCAGAAGAAGCAGGUGACCACAGUUCUCGAAGCUUCUCCGGCAAAACCAGGGGAGUUCAAAAUCAAGCUGUCGGAUGUGAGGUCAGCAAUCGGAGCAAAGAACGGAGCUGGGCAGAGCUCCCCCCAAAACCUGGUGGCAGGGAAAAAGACGAUUACGCUAGACAAGGCGUCAGAAAUAGACUCUCUGUCUACAGGGUGCAAGGUUUAUGCCAACAUAGGAGAAAACACCUACGACAUUGUGAUUCCUAUGAAGGAUGACCCCGGGGAGGGAGAUUCAAAAGCCAGCGGAGGGAGGAAGGCGAGAAUGUCCUCUCCCUACAGCCAGGACUCGCCGAGCCGGAAGAAGGUCAAGGUCCGGCACGACGACCACUACGAGCUGAUCAUGGACGGGCGGACCUUUUAUGUGUGCAUCGUGUGCAAGCGCUCCUACGUGUGCCUGACCAGCCUGAGGCGGCACUUCAACACCCACUCGUGGGAGAAGAAGUACCCCUGCCGCUACUGCGACAAGGUGUUUGCCCUGGCGGAGUACAGGACGAAGCACGAGAUCUACCACACGGGGGAACGCCGGUACCAGUGCCUGCUGUGCAACGAGUUCUUCAUCAACUACCAGCUGCUGUCCUCGCACUGCAAGUCGGCGCACAACCAGGACCCCUCGGGGCGCAAGGAGAAGGACGACACUGACAACAACCUGUACCGCCUGCUGCCCUGCAAGUCCCUGCAGCUCAAGCCCUACUCCUACGUCCCCAACUCCUCGGGAGGCAUACCCAUCAUAAACGAGGAGGGGCUCGUGUACCAUGUGGAUCCCAGCAAGACGCCCCAGUCCAGCCCGGGGACCCAGCCCCCCAGCACGGGCAAGCAGGUGGUGAACUGGGAUGAUAUCUUUGUUCAGCCAGGUGCGCAGCCAGAAACUUAUAUUAACCCCACCGAAGGCACGUCGGAGUUUGAAUUUGUUAUACCAGAGACCUACUGAGUUUCCGGGGGAGGUCUUCAUCUUCCAGGGUCCAGAACGGAUUUCCACACUGAACUGUUCACUCGUUGAUACUUGUGUGUAGGAAGUUCUGAUAUUUUAGCACUGGUUUGGUGGUUCUUUGUGCACCUAGGUUUUCGUUAGCAGCUGUUCUCAUUUCAUUAUGCAUUGUUGCAUAGCAAGUUCUGGCUACUCUUGUCCGUUUUUUUCUUUGAAAGCUUCUCGUGUGUUGCUCUGACAUCCCGGUAUUGAACAAGCCGGCCUGAAUUCUCUAACACCAUCAGUAGCUCUUAUUCUAAUACCCAGAUAAAAAAAACAGGUUUGUGAGUUUAAUAUGCACGUCAGGAAAAGAAUUGACUCAAGUAAUGGCAUUGCUUAAGUAACGAUAUAAAGACCCUUCCCGAUUCCAUCGUUUACUUGUAGAGAAAUACCAGAAAUGAAACAUAAAAGACUCAAAGGUGUUGAUGUAAAAGGAAAAUAUCUUUUUGUACUUAAUUGUAAUGUACUUCGUUAUACUUUUUCUGUAUAUUGAGUGGUGGGAGGGGCAGGAUUUGGGAGAAACCUUCCACCACGCAAGUACAGCAGAAGACAAAACAAGAAGUUGUUUAGAAUUCUGAUUGUUACUUUGCUUGUCCCUCAAAGAACCGGGCUGUUAACAAGCUUUUAUUCCUCUCAUCAUUGUUUCCUGCGUUAAGGACCAUGACAGAUUAAUUGUUACUAACAGGACUGUUGAAUUUUGUGUAGAACCCUUGCUUCACAAAUGUCAUAACUCAUUUUAUUUUUACACAAUCCCAUGUUUGUGUUCAUCUCUCUAUCACGACUGCUUCGUAACAUGUUUUACAGCAGCUUUUUUGUGACAGUGCCUGUGGAUAUGUAUUGAAGUAUCCAUUUUAUGAGAUAGAGAAAUCUAAACAUCUUGUCCCUAAGAGGGUUGGUGUUGACAGAAAAUGCUCUUUUUCUAAAUGCUGUACAAUAGUGGUAUCACACAACGUGAUAAUGUGAACUAUUUACAGUCCAUGAUUUUUAAAAUGAACCUAAAAGAUCACAGCCAGGAAUUGAACUUCAUGCUUGAUCUUGUAGUUCUCUGCUGUUGGCAGCUGAAAGCUUUGAUGGGGAUGUGACCCGUAAAUUCCUUAAGGAAAUAAAGUAAGCUACUUAGCUUUUUUUAAAACAAAUUUGGAAUUGCCAGCCUCAUCAGUUUGGAGUUGGCAGAUGUUGGCCUACCCGAACCCUCGUAGUAGCAUGCGGAGGUAGGAUAGCACCCAUCAGAGCUGUGUGCCAGCUGUCCUGCUGACUCCCACAGUGUCUACAGUGGAGUGAGCAGCUCUCACUGCCAACAGUGUGGGGACACAGGGGCUGCUGUCCCACAGCACAGUCUGACGACCCGGUAUAUCUCUGGGUCUGGGCAGGACUAUGUCAGCUUCUCUCGCUGAUGGGGAAGUUCCGCUCGCCGUAACAUAACCUUUUCAUUUCAAAUUUUAAAAAAGGCUUACUGGUUAAACAUUUACAAUUUAGCUGCUUUGUUGUAUCCUGUGAAUGUCUUUGUCUUCUCUACCUUUAGGUAACUUUGCAGCCUCUUCCUACAGGAUAUAAAUGUUCUGAUGUUGCAUUUCUGCUUAACCUUUCCACCUGCCAAUGAAGUAAAUUUAGAUUUUUAUCUAUUUAUUCCAUUUUUAGAAGUUUCCAAUGUCAUAAUUGAUCCAUAAUACCAUUAACUUGAAACGCCCAAUAAAAAGUUUAUUUUUGUA